UAGUGAUAAAAACAGCCGCUGCCGUUCAGAAAUGAAUAUCCUUGCGGCCUGGCAGAGAGGUUACACCGGUCGAAAUGUGGUCGUCACCAUCUUGGACGACGGUAUUGAGAGGAACCAUCCGGAUCUGGCACAGAAUUAUGACCAGCUGGCGAGCUACGAUGUGAACGGAAACGACUACGACCCGACCCCACGAUACGACUUCAGCAAUGAGAACAAGCACGGAACGCGAUGCGCAGGUGAAGUCGCUGCUGUAGCCAACAACUCGCACUGCAUUGUGGGUAUAGCCUACAACGCCCGCAUAGGAGGUGGCAGGACUGACAAAUGCAUCCUUUGCUCAGACUUGGCGGGGUUUCUGUCAGUGUUGUUCCAGUCGCACCAUAUGCCAAAUGCAUAA